AUGGUUGUUCGAGACCUCGCAAUUGAGGAUUUAGUGAAGGAUCUUUCUGAUGGGGUUAUCCUCAUUCACAUACUUGAGAUCCUGGGAAACGAAUCCCUCGGUCGAUAUGCGUCCAAACCCAAACUGCGAGUCCAGAAAUUCGAGAAUGCCAAUAAGAGCCUUGACUACAUCAAGGGGCGGGGGAUACAGAUGACAAACAUUGGCGCUGAAGAUAUAGUGGAUGGCAAUAGAAAAAUUAUUCUCGGGCUGAUAUGGACCCUUAUCCUACGAUUUACGAUUAGCGACAUAAGCGAGGAGGGAAUGACGGCGAAAGAAGGGCUGUUAUUGUGGUGUCAGCGGAAAACAGCUUGCUAUCCAGGAGUGGAAGUUAGAGAUUUUUCGACAAGCUGGAAUGAUGGACUGGCUUUUUGCGCAUUGCUUGAUAUCCAUAGACCCGAUCUAAUCGAUUUCGAUUCUCUGGAUAAAACUGACCACAGGGGCAAUAUGCAGCUGGCUUUUGAUAUUGCGUCGAACCAUAUCGGUAUACCUGAUUUGCUUGACGUGGAGGACGUCUGCGACGUCGCAAAACCUGAUGAGCGAUCGCUCAUGACCUAUAUCGCCUAUUGGUUCCAUGCAUUUUCGCAGCUUGAAAGAGUGGAAAAUGCAGGUCGGCGGGUGGAGAAAUUUGUUAUGAACAUGCAGGGAGCCUGGGAGAUGCAGAACUCCUUUGAGCGCAGAAUGAAAGAGCUUCUUCAGGCUAUUAGAGGACAACGCGCUGAAUGGCGUGAAUCGUCGUUCAAGGGAACUUAUGCGGAUGCUAAAGAGCAGGCAAGUAAGUUUGGGGCGUAUAAGAGGAACCAGAAGAGGAAGUGGGUUGCGGAGAAAUCUGAUCUUGCGGCUCUACUGGGGAAUAUCAAAACGAAACUAAGCACAUAUCGUCUUAGGGCCUAUGAGCCACCUCCGGAAUUGAGACUCGAAGUCCUGGACCAGGAAUGGAGCGCCCUAACCCAGAAUGAACGUGAACGCAGUCAACUAAUAAAUGAAACCAUCCGCGAUAUUAAGAAUUCCUUGCGACGUUCGUUCGCUGACAAGGCGAAUGAUUUUGCAUUGACCCUUAAUACGUUAUCCCUUGCAAUUUCUGGUCUUGAAGGAGAUGUCGAGGACCAGCUAUCGCAUGUACGGCGCCUCAACGAUAACCUCCCUCCUCUAGAUGCUUUCUUGGAAACUAUAGCUGAAUUGGAGGAACGGUGUAUAGAGGCCAACAUUGAGGAAAAUGAUUUCACCACAUAUACAUACGACGAGCUUGCAUAUGAGCUUGGAUUGGUCAAAUCGAGUGUCAGCAAAAAGCUAGCUUUCUUGGAAAACCAGACAGUGGCAAGAAACAUGACCAAUCUUACUCCGAUCCAACUUGAAGAAUUUGAAUCCGUCUUUAGACAUUUUGACCGAGACUCUUCCAAUACCCUCCAUGAGAUUGAGUUUUCAGCUGCUUUGGCGAGUUUGGGCUUAGUUUACGAUGAGGAUGAGAUGCAUGAAGUUUUUCUGGAGACGUGUGGGCAAACGAGAGUUGAGCGGAACGCAGGCGUCAGCUUUGAGCAGUUCAUUCGGUUCAUGGUCAGUGUUACGGAGGACCAGAACACGGCAGAACAGGUCUUUCAGAGUUUCAAAGAGGUGGCUGAUGGAAAGCCGUAUGUCACAGAACUGGACCUUCGACAUUCCCUCAUCCCUGAGGAGCUUAUCGAGGAACCUUCUGGAAUCCAUGCCACGACAUGA